AGCAAAUAGAACAAUACCAAAGUGACUGGGUGAGCUUCCAUGGAGAGAGCUCAGGAAUUAUUUCAUUUUGCUGUGCCUUUUUUCCUAACACCUUCUACUACCCAAAACCAACAAUAAUGGAUACCAACCAAUCUCUUCGGCUGAGACCUCUUGGCUCAGCCUUACGGACCGUGGUGGCAUGUGGUAUUGUGGGUUGCACCACGCUCUACGGGCCAGGCUCCGUCCGGCAUUUACUAGCAUUUCCGACCUUUUCCUAUGUGACAACUAUCUUGAUUGUGUCUGAUGCCACACUUGGUGAUGCUCUAAGAGGCUGCUGGCAAGCCCUUUACGCCAGCAUUCAAGUGUUGCUCCCUUCUAUGCUGAUCCUCAAGGUAAUUGGACCGGCCAAGUUCACCCCUGAACUAGCUGCGGUUGCAGCGGCAGUUACUGCAUUCUUGGUGGCUUUGCCUGUUUUCACGCCUCUGAUGACAAAACAGCUUGCCUUUGGACAGACUGUAAUUGUAUAUGCAGGUGUUGUUAUUAAUGGCGCAGAAACCAGUGUCGUGAUGCAUCCAAUUCAUGUGGCUUUAAGCACUGCUCUUGGCGCCUUGGCUGCUGUUUUGGCUAUGCUGCUUCCAUACCCUCAUCUAGCAUUGUCUGAGGUGAGGAGAGCAUGCAGAAUCUAUGCAGAAAAUGCUUCACAGAGGCUGAAUCUCUUAGUGGAAGCCUUCUCUGCACAGGACAACAGGGUUGCAUUGGAUUUUCUCACAGAAGCAAGAGACUUAGCUAAAACUGGGGUCAUGCUUCUCGAGAACAUCAGAGACAAACAGGAAGGAAUCAUGUGGGAGAGACCUCAGCUCAGGUUCAGGGAACCUAACCAACUGGACCUUGGAAAGAAACUGCAAGACAUGGAAAUACUAAUUAGAGGGAUGGAACUCUCCUUAACUUCCUGCACUUCCUUCCCAAUAGGCAUGAUUGAUGAAGAGCUCAGAGAUUUAAUGCAAAAUUCAAAAGUGCAGAUAGGGUUAAAGCUCAAACAGGCCAAGUUCUCUGCUUCUUUUAAUGCAGCAAUGGCCCCAGAGAGUAGGAAAGAACAUACCAACAGAUCUUCCUUUAUCCACAAAACUUUCUCUACAACCGAAGAAGAUUUUCGUGCUUUCUUCUUCCUCAAUUGCAUGAAUCUCCUCCAGGAUGGCACAGCCGUUACUCGGAGCCCCAAGUUCCCUGUAUUGAAGGAAGACAAAGCUAAAACUAAAGAAUCAAUUGAUACAGAUAAAGGAAAAAGUUGCUUCAAAACAAUUCAGGGCAGUGUGAUGGCAAUCUCAAUGUGGCUGAGCAGUGAAAGAAUGGUUUUUGCAUUCAAAUGCUCAAUUUCUCUUGGUCUUGCUGUGCUAUUGGGUCUGAUUUAUAACAAAAAUAAUGGAUUCUUGGCAGGACUAAUAAUUGCCACCAGUUUUGUAACAGGCAGAAAAGCAACAUUCACAAGUGCAAAUGCCCGAGCACAGGGGACAGCAAUGGGAUCAAUAUAUGGAGUUAUCUGCUGCUUUAUUCUGCACAACCUUCAGCAUUUGAGGUGCUUACUUCUACUGCCUUGGAUAAUUUUCACCAGUUUUCUGAGGCACAGCCGGAUGUACGGCCAAGCUGGAGGGAAGUCAGCAAUUCUAGGGGCAUUACUGAUCUUGGGUAGGAAAGAUUAUGGCACUCCAACUGAAUUUGCAAUUGCUAGAAUAACAGAGACUACCAUCGGAUUACUCUGUCUCAUCAUGGUAGAGAUCCUCUUGCAGCCAGCCAGAGCAGCUACACUCGCAAAAACAGAACUUUCAGCGUGUCUUGGGGCGCUUCAGGAUUGCAUAGAAGGAAUAGUUGUUUGUACGGGGCGAAAGGACGUGCCGGAUUCAGAGUCAAGCAGGUUGAGAGAAAAUCAGAAGAAGCUAGCCUUACAUGUUGGUGAAUUGGAGAAUUUUGUUGGGGAAGCUGAGUUAGAGCCUAACUUCUGGUUCAAGCCUUUUCACAGUGGCUGCUACAGCAGGCUUCUUGAAUCGUUAUCAAAGAUGGUAGACAUAUUACUGUUUAUGGCCUCCCAAAUUGAAUUCCUCGCUGGAGUGUCACCAAGGCUUGGAGCUGCUUGGAAGGAGCUUGAACAACAGAUCAACGAUAAUCUAGAGUUGUUUGCAGAAAAAGCUGGAUCUUCAUUAAAAUGUUUUGAUGGGGUGUUACAGAUCGGAUCCCUGGCCAAACUUGAAAAGGAGAUACAAAGGAGAAGUGUUUCCCCUGACAUCGAGUCUGGAAAACCAGCAAAUGCAGAUGUCAGUACAAACUCGGGGCUAGAAGAGGACGAUGUUGAGGAUAUUGCAUAUUCGUUUCUUCAUCAUUUGAUGGAAGUACACUACAUGAUUCUCAGUACUGAAGGUGAGGCGAUGAUUAAGAGCCAAAUGGUUCUAUGUUUAUGUGGCCUAGGGUUCUGCAUCAGAAGUUUUAUGAGAGAAACAAUUGAGAUAGAGAAGGAAAUAAGGGAACUGGUGAAAUGGGAUAAUCCAGGAAGAAACAUAAAUUUCCACGAAGUUAUAGAACCGUACAGAUCAAAGUUAAACGAGUUAAAAUCAGCUUCUCCAAAGUCCAAACUAACGACUUGUUCAAGUGAAUUAGAGACCCAAAGCAAUAACAUAGAGCAGAAGCCAACCUCCAUUAAGCAUAGCAUGAAGGCAUGGAGAAUUUGAGAAGCUUUACCUGGAAAUAAAGUAGAGAGUAGUAG